AUGUCUGUAACCGAGUAUACCAGUAAGUAUGAGAAACUCUGUAGGUUCUCAAGGAUAUGUCAGGGUACCCCUGAGUCCUAUGAGGGUUGGAAGUGCAUAAAGUACCAAGGAGGUCUUAGGGAGAACAUUAUGAGUGUUGUGGCUCCGUUAGAGAUUUGGAGGUUUUCUAAGUUGGUGAACAAAGCAAGGGUUAUUGAGGAUUGUGCUAAGAAGGUAGCAUUGGCAAGGGAUACUCGUGGAGGCAACAACAGAGGCCGUGGAAAAUAUUUUCAGUUUAGGGGUCAGAACUUCAAAAGGUGUGGACACGCCCCUCAACACCGUCAAGGUGGCUAUUUUACUUGUGGACUGCUGGGACACAUUGCAAAGGAUUGCCCUUAUGGAAGGAAUCCGAAUGCGCAUGGGAACCACCAACAAGAUCAAGUGUUUACUGUGAAUGUCAAUGAUGCUGCUAAGUCGGAUCCUUUGAUGAGAGAUAAAUAUUUUAUUGGUGACAAAGUGUUGGUUACAUUGUAUGAUACGGGAGCUUCACAUCCAUUUAUUGUAUUUGAUAAGGCUGCUAAACUAGGGUUAAAAAUCUCAGACUUAGCUUUCGAUUUGCAUGUGUAUACCUUAUCUCAGACAGUUGUGAUUAGAUUAGGUUGUAGGCAAAUAUCUUUCAAGAUUGAGGAUAGAUCUUUUGUUCAUGACUUAACUUGUUUGCCGAUGGUUGGGUUGGAGAUGAUUUUGGGGUUUGAUUGGUUGUCAAAGAAUCGGGUGUUGUUAGAUUACUUUGAGCGAUCAAUUUGCUUUAUGUCAGAAGGAAAAGGAGGAGUAGUUGUAGCUAAGGGUUAUUACCUGAACUCUGUAAUGGUGAACUAUAGUAGGGAAGAGUGUCAAGGUUAUAUACUUUUAUCUGCAAAUGCGUCGAGCGAUGAGUAG